AAUGUUGUUUUAGUAAGUUAAUCGUUCGUAAUCAAAUAAGGACAAAUGGAUCAUUUUAACUUUGGAGGCUCAGAAAUAACUCGCGGACAUAUGUUUCAAAUGUUCCUGCGAAUCUCUAUAGCCUCUGUAAUAACAUAUUACUCUGUGAAAUGGAUGAUGAACCAGUUAGAUCCAACCAGUAAAAACAAAAAGAAAGCUAAAUUGCUGGCCGAAGAACAAUUAAAAAGAUUGAGUAAAGAAAAUAAUUUCAAUGUUAAUCUACAAACGUUUACUGAUUAUGAGUUGAUGAUUGCAUCACACCUAAUUGUCCCAGCCGACAUAACAGUUAAAUGGAGCGAUAUAGCUGGCUUAGAUUCAGUAAUUCAGGAUCUUCGUGAAUCCGUUGUUUUACCUGUGCGACAUCGCGAUUUGUUUAAGGAAUCAAAACUUUGGCAAGCUCCCAGAGGUGUACUUUUGCAUGGACCGCCAGGAUGCGGGAAAACAUUAAUUGCCAAAGCAACUGCUAAGGAAGCGGGCAUGAGGUUCAUUAACUUAGAUGUGGCUAUACUUACUGACAAGUGGUACGGAGAAUCGCAAAAACUUGCAUCUGCAGUUUUUUCGUUAGCUGCAAAAAUUCAGCCAUGCAUUAUAUUCGUAGAUGAAAUUGAUUCAUUUCUGCGUGCGCGUAAUUCGAAUGAUCAUGAGGCCACGGCAAUGAUGAAAACUCAGUUCAUGAUGCUAUGGGAUGGACUAAGUACGAAUCCCAACUCAGCAGUAAUUGUAAUGGGUGCUACUAACCGCCCUCAGGACCUUGACAAGGCUAUUGUUCGUAGAAUGCCAGCUCAGUUUCACAUAAGCCUUCCAUCCGAAGUUCAAAGAAUGCAAAUUCUUAAACUAAUAUUAGCAACUGAAGAAAUCGAUCACAAUGUUGACUAUAAUCAUUUAGCUAAACUUACAAUUGGAUUUUCUGGUUCAGACCUUCGAGAAAUGUGCAGAAAUGCUUCUGUAUAUAGAAUGAGACAAUUUAUGCGAUCGAGUGAUAAACUGCAAUCGCCUUCAAAUCUUGCAAGUACUAAUACUAACAAAACUUUAAUUACUAUUACAAUGGACGAUUUGCUUAACUCUCACUUAAAAAUGAAAGAAUCUAAAAUGCACACUGGAAGUCUUUUUCUGGAAAAUCGAAUGGACUUGGAUUAAUUUAUUUUGAACGUAUAUUUCGCUUCAAAAAUGUUAAUAUUUCUUAUUUCCAAAUAUAAAAA